AUGGCUAAUACCUCCCGGAUCUGGCUUAUCACUGGCACCUCGUCCGGAUUUGGCCUGGAGUUGGCUAAAGUGGCUGCCCAGCACGGGGACCGCGUGUUAGCCACCACACGUAGUCCGCAUAAAUUAGCCAAGCUCGAGUCGUCCAACCCUAACAUCAAGGCUGUCUACCUAGACCACAACGAGCCCCCAGCCCAGAUCCAGGCAGCGGUCAAGACUAUUCUAGCCGUCUAUGGCACGGUCGACAUUGUCGUCAACAAUGCCGCCUACGUGCAGACAGGCGUGCUUGAAGAAACCACCCCAGAAGAGACUCAGCGUCAGUUCCAAGCUAAUACCUUUGGCCCACUUAACCUUUACCGCGCCCAACUGCCACAUUUACGCGCUAAGGGGUCGGGCACUUUGACCGCCCUGCGCUGGCUCGGACUUGGGCUGGCUGGUGAAAUCUCCCAGUUCGGUAUCAGCCACUGUUUAGUCGAACCGGGCUUCUUCCGCACCGAGUUACUGAAUCCGACAGCCAAUAUUACUACGACCGCCAAGUCCUCGCGUCUAUCGGCCUACCAGGAGUUAAACGACACCACCGACUCCAACUUCGCCGCCUUUAACGGCGCCCAGUUGGGUGACCCUGUGAAGGGCGCGAAAGUUAUCUACGACGUCGCCACCUCCACGGGAGUCGCCGAGGGGAAACCCCUACCUGUUUUCUUGCCCUUAGGAAGUGAUGACAUCGAAGAGAUUACCAAGGCCGCAUCUGAGACCUUGGCAGUGAUUAAGGAAUGGCGGGAGAUUAGUUCCUUGACGGACCUUCCCAAAGGUUCGUAA